GAAUAUCACAUCAGAUUUCAAUAAAGAAUUGAGUCACAAACUUCGGCUCUUUAUCACAAAUGUUCAACGUCUCCUAUCUUUAUUUCCAGAACACAAGAUGUACGGAACGCGUCUGCAAGGCCAGUAUCAUGGGCAUCCAGGGAAGGGGAGACACACCACGCACAGCUGACGAAGUAUACCAGGAGGCUGAGUCCUUCUUGAGACAAUACUACGCGUCUAUCCGCAGGGAAGACACACCACCCCACAGGGCUAGACUAGAGGAAAUCAAAAAGGAUUUAAAAGUUAAAGGCACCUAUCAGUUAAAUACUCCGGAACUCGUGUUCGGCGCUAAGCUGGCGUGGAGGAACGCCUUCAGAUGUAUCGGCAGAAUACAGUGGAAGAAAUUGCAAAUUUUCGACUGCAGGGAAGUUACUACUGCCAGCGGUAUGUUUGAAGCGCUCUGCACUCACAUCAAAUAUGGCACUAAUAAGGGAAACAUAAGGUCGGCGAUAACGGUGUUCCCUCAGAGAACAGAUGGUAAGCAUGACUACAGGAUAUGGAACCCCCAGCUCAUCAGCUACGCCGGCUACCGCCAGCCCGACGGCACCGUGCUCGGAGAUCCGGGAAAAGUCGAGUUUACUGAUGUCUGUCUGAAAUUAGGUUGGAAUCCAAAGAAAAGGACUGCCUGGGAUGUAUUGCCGCUUGUGCUGUCAGCUGACGGCAAGGAUCCCGAGUACUUCGACAUCCCUAGAGAAAUCGUCAUGGAAGUCAAGAUGGAUCACCCCAAAUAUGACUGGUUCCAAGACCUUGGGCUACGCUGGUACGCGUUACCAGCCGUCUCCAACAUGAGGAUGGACUGCGGUGGUCUGGAGUUCACAGCGACUGCCUUCAACGGCUGGUACAUGGGCACAGAGAUAGGGUGCCGAAACCUUUGCGAUGCCAACAGGCUCAAUGUUUUGGAGGACGUGGCAAAAAACAUGGGUUUGGAUACAAACAUGUCGGUAUCCCUGUGGAAGGAUAAAGCACUGGUGGAAGUGAAUAUAGCAGUGCUGUACAGUUUUCAUCGGGAUAACGUCUCUAUAGUUGACCAUCAUUCAGCGUCUGAGCAGUUCAUGAAACAUAUGGAGACCGAAAGCAAAGUGAGGGGAGGAUGUCCUUCUGAUUGGAUCUGGAUAGUGCCACCGAUGUCAGGAUCCCUAACUCCGGUUUUCCAUCAAGAAAUGGUUGCAUAUCAUCUGAGGCCUUCGUAUGACUACCAGGAACCAGCUUGGAAGACCCACGUAUGGACAAAAUCGGACGGUACUAAGUCUGUUCAUAGGAAGUUCCACUUUAAGCAGAUUGCCCGAGCCGUCAAAUUUACUUCCAAACUAUUUGGUCGGGCUCUCUCUAAACGCAUCAAGGCGACUAUCCUGUACGCCACCGAGACAGGCAAAUCUGAACAGUAUGCUAAGGAGUUAGGAAACCUUUUUGGUCACGCAUUCAACGCCCAGGUUCAAUGCAUGGCUGAUUACGACAUGUUUUCCAUUGAGCACGAAACUUUACUUCUCAUCGUCACAUCAACGUUUGGAAAUGGGGAACCACCGGCCAACGGAGAAGAUUUUGCCGAACAUUUGAUCCAAAUGUUGAAUAACGAAAAAGAAAACCAAAUGGAUCAGCUGGACUUCCAUUCUGCGGGAUACAAAACACCGACACAAAAGGCAUUCCUUCGAACAAACAGUAUUCUUGCUGCAAAUAUGGAUAAUAGAAAGUUAACCCGACUGGAGUCCAGCAGAAGUUGCGUUACAGGAACAUCAUCGGUAGAACACAUAGCUCCAUUAAGCAAUGUUCGCUUCGCAGUAUUUGCUUUAGGAUCAAGUGCUUAUCCAAAAUUCUGUAACUUUGGAAAGCUCAUAGAUACCUUCAUUGGUGAAUUGGGUGGCGAAAGAAUCAUGGAUCUGUGUUGUGGCGAUGAAAUGUAUGGACUUGAACAGAGAUUCCGUUCAUGGUCAUCAGACAUAUUCCAGGAAUCAUGUAAAACAUUCUGCUUGGACGAAUCUGACAUGGUAAAGAAUGCACAAAAUUCACUUAUAUCGCUCCCAGCCACCGAAGAAACGGUCAGAUUUGGCAAGCCUAGUUCAGAAAUGCCUUUACUACAAGCAUUAGAAGGUGGUUUCAAAAAACAGUUGAUAACCUGCACUCUGAAAGAAAAUCAAACCCUCGCGAAACAUGAAGAGUCGAAUACUGAGACGAUAUUUAUAAACUUGGAGACAAAGAGUGACAUAAAAUAUGUACCAGGAGAUCAUAUAGGUAUAUUAGCUGUUAAUAGAAAAGAAAUCGUUGAUACAGUGCUAGCCAGGCUGAAAGGCGUUGAUGACCUAGAUAGCAUAGUACAAUUACAAGUCAUGAAGGAAACACUAACACCAACAGGUACUGUUAGAACUUGGGACUCAUACGAUCGGAUACCCCCUGCGACCAUCCGAAAUAUAUUCACAAGGUUUUUGGACAUCACAACCCCACCAACGACUAAAGUACUGAAGUACCUUGCCGAUGCGUGCACGGACGAAAAAGACGCUGAGAAAAUUAAAGAACUGGUUUCGGACUCAAACAAAUAUCACGACUGGAUAAGUUUCUAUUAUCCGCACUUGGCAGAAGUUCUGGAGCAGUUCCCGUCAUGCACGCCUCAGGCGUCUCUACUCGCUACGCUACUAAGUCCAUUGCAACCAAGAUUUUAUUCUAUAUCUUCGUCGCUUUUGGCACAUCCUCAAAGUAUCCACCUCACUGUCGCUGUUGUUUUAUAUAGGACUGAAAAUGGCAAAGGACCAUUGCACUACGGCGUGUGUUCGACUUAUCUCCAAAACCUAAAACCUAGUGACGAAGUGAUCGCGUUCAUCAGAUUUAAACCGACCUUCCACAUGCCUAAAGAUAUUUCUGCACCGCUUAUCCUGGUCGGUCCUGGUACUGGUAUAGCACCGUUCAGGGGCUUCUGGCACCACAGAAGGCACCUCAUCAAACGUUUGAUGUCCCAUAACCCUGGACCAAUGUGGCUGUUCUUCGGGUGCCGAUAUAAGGAAAUGGAAUUGUAUAAGGACGAAAAAGAAGUUGCGCUGAGUGAUGGCGUACUACACAAAGCUAUGCUAGCAGUAUCAAGAGAGGCAGGUUCUCGUAAAAAAUACGUCCAAACGCUGCUAGAAGAUGAAGGUAAGGAAAUAACAAGACUGCUGACGGAGGAAAGAGGCCACUUCUACGUGUGCGGCGAUUGUAAAAUGGCGGACGAUGUUGAACAAAAACUCCAAGACAUCAUUCAGAAAUAUGCCCAACUGCCACAAGAGGAGGCGAAGGAAUUCAUCGCCAUUCUACGGAAUGAAAAUCGUUACCACGAAGACAUAUUUGGCAUCACUCUCCGUACUGCAGAAGUACAAAGCGCAUCCAGAGAAACCGCAAAAAGGACUCGUUUAGAAUCUCUUAAGUCACAAAGUUCAACCGUGUCUACUGGUAAUUUAUAAUUAAAUAAUUAAACAAUAAAUAGAAUGGAUAUGUUGGGACCAUGUUCAAUAUUUUUUUGCUCUUCGAAAUAUUUUGGGCAAGAAAACAUUAUUCGUAUUUCAGUAGACAUAAAGAGUAUUUAUAUUUUUGUGGUUCAAAAAACAACAGUUUUACGUCUGUGUAGAAAUAUCUCCGAAAUAGUUUAUGUUAAUGAAAGGCUUAUACGGGAAUUGAUUUUAACCCAGCUUAAAAAUUAAGUUAGAAUUAUUAUUUUU